AUGCCGUACGGAAAGACUGACGAGCUCGCCAUCAACACCAUCCGAACCCUAGCGGUCGAUGCCACCUUCCAGGCAAACUCCGGCCACCCGGGUGCCCCUAUGGGCAUGGCCCCGGUUGCCCACGUCGUGUUCAACAAGUUCAUGACUUUCAACCCCAAGAACCCCAAAUGGGUCAACCGCGACCGCUUCGUUCUCUCCAACGGUCACGGAUGCAUGCUCCAGUAUGCGCUGAUCCACCUGUUCGGCUACAACGUCAGCAUUGACGACUUGAAGAACUUCCGCCAAGUCGACAGCAUCACCCCCGGUCACCCCGAGUCCCACGACACCCCCGGUAUCGAGGUCACUACUGGCCCUCUUGGUCAGGGUUUCGCCAAUGCCGUCGGUCUCGCCAUUGCUGAGAAGCACACUGCUGCCGUCUUCAACAAGCCCGGCUACGAGCUGAUCAACAACCACGUCUACAUGUUCUUCGGUGAUGGCUGCGCCAUGGAGGGUAUUGCUAGCGAGGCUGCCUCCACUGCCGGUCACCUGAAGCUCGGAAACCUCAUUGCCAUCUACGAUGACAACCACAUCUCCAUUGACGGUGACACCAAGUGCGCUUUCACUGAGGAUGUCAGCAAGCGAUUCGAGUCCUACGGCUGGCACGUACAGCACGUCGAGGACGGUGACUCCGACCUCGAGGCCAUCGAGAAGGCCAUCGCUGAGGCCAAGAAGGUCACCGACAAGCCCUCGAUGAUCAAGCUUACCACCACCAUCGGUUUCGGUUCCAAGCUCCAGGGUACCGGCGGUGUCCACGGCAACCCCCUCAAGGCCGACGAUUGCAAGCAGGUCAAGGAGAAGUUCGGCUUCGACCCCGAGAAGAUGUUCGACGUCCCCCAAGAGGUCUACGACAUGUACCACAAGCACGCCGCCGAGGGUGCUGCUGCUGAGGAGGAGUGGAACAAGCUCUUCCAGAAGUACGGUGAGGAGCACAAGGAGCUUCACGCUGACCUGUCCCGCCGAUUGACUGGCGACCUUCCCGAGGGCUGGCAGAAGGCCCUCCCUACAUACAAGCCCACCGACCCUGCCAUCGCCUCAAGAAAGCUCUCCGAGAGCGUUCUCGAGGCCAUCCACGACGUCGUUCCCGAGCUUCUCUCUGGUUCCGCCGAUCUGACUGGCUCCAACAACACCCGAUGGAAGAAGGCCGUCGACUUCCAGCCUCCGGAGCUCGGCAUUGGUGAAUGGUCUGGUCGAUACCUGAGAUACGGUGUCCGCGAACACGCCAUGGCUGCCAUCAUGAACGGUAUGUCCGCAUACGGCACCAUCAUCCCCGCCGGUGGUACUUUCUUGAACUUCGUUUCAUACGCUGCCGGUGCCGUUCGUCUGUCCUCUCUUUCACACCAGCGCGUCAUCUACGUCGCUACUCACGACUCCAUCGGUCUUGGUGAGGAUGGUCCCACCCACCAGCCUAUCGAGACUCUCGCCCACUUCCGCGCUCUGCCUAACAUGAUGGUCUGGCGCCCAGCCGAUGGAAACGAGUGCUCUGCUGCUUACUACAUGGCUCUUACCUCCAAGGAGACGCCUUCCAUCCUUGCCCUUACCCGUCAGAACCUGCCCCAGCUUGAGGGCUCAACACUGGAGAAGGCCAUCAAGGGUGGUUACGUCGCUCUUGAGAACAAGGACGCCCAGAUCACCCUCGUUUCCACUGGUUCUGAGGUCUCCCUCUGCUUGGAGGCCGUCAAGACCCUCAAGGACCAGGGCAUCACCGCCCGUGUUGCAUCCCUGCCGUGCUUCGAAGUCUUCGAUGCGCAAGACAAGGACUACAAGAUGUCGGUUAUCCCCGCUGGUAUCCCAUCUCUCAGUGUUGAGGUCAUGUCCACCAUGGGUUGGGAGAAGUACUCGCACGAGCAAUUCGGUCUUAACCGCUUCGGUGCCUCUGGACCAUACAAGGAGGUCUACAAGAAGUUUGAGUUCACCCCUGAGGGUAUUGCCAAGCGUGCCAAGGCUACCAUUGACUUCUACAAGGAGGUCAAGCCUCUCCGAUCUCCUCUCGACCGUGCGUUCCAGCAACUCAUCUAA